AUGAAAAUCCUGGCGGUGGUCACUGUCAUCGCUUUGCUGUUCAGACAGAGCGCCAAAGUAUCAGCCUUGAGAAAUGUCAAGGGGGAAUCAGCUUGGUUAGGCAGGACCCCCGAUGAACGGAUCCUAACGAACAGGAUAGAAAAUUACAAAAACGAGGUGGAAGCCCAGCAAAAUGACAAACUCACGAAUGAAGUGGAUUAUCAGCUGAACGAACUGAUUGACGUCAUGCGUCUUGUCGGAGACACACAAGAACAGCAAAAAAGGGAACUGUAUAGUUUGUCCACGUCAUUGCAAGUAACGAAAAAUGCACUAUUGAAAAUGUUAAGUGAAUAUGAAAAUAGAAUCGACCAGUUAGAGUACUUCAUUAUGGAUGCUAAAAAAUAUGACCCAUUCAAGGAAAGGUUUAAUUAUCCUAUAUCCAAGUACUGGCUGCAGGUGGACUUUCUAAACAUAAAAUCCUUAUGGAAGUACCAGAAAAGGAAGCAUUACACUUCAAUCGUACAACCAAUUGAAAUGACAAACAUUAAAUACCCAUCAUCAAUUCUGUUGCUAAGACAUCACAUAAUUGUUGAGGGGUUCAUCAACGUCGAGGUUCUCCAAAAAGCUUCUUCCCUUGAACCCAAAAUAAAUCAGUCAGCUUCUGGUAUCGUUUUCGAUUUUGUAGAUGCUCAAAAUUUUAGGUUCGUCCAGUUGUCCUUUUUGAAUGACCAGGCUGUUCUCUCCGUGGAAGAGGUGAACAGCUCCCUCAACAGCAAAAUACUGUCCAAAGGAGUGGAGGCGCACGCAAAAGACUUCAACACCCUGACGUGCGAAUUUGUUUCUGGAAAAAUGAAUGUCUUCUUAAACUACAAAAAGGUAAUCGAGGUAAAUUUCGCCGAUAGAGGGGUAAGCGGCAUGGGUGCAGGAAAAUCUACAAUAAAUGGUGAGAACAGAUCGGUGGGUCUUUUCACCAAAAGUGGGACCGCAGAAUUUAAAAACUUCGUUACAGGAACCCUCCAGUUUGAACAUCUCCUAAACCAUACCCUGGUGAUACCAGACAAGAAAAACAUCUCCACCGUAUCAGUGACAAAUUCUUAUCGAUUCUCCAAUAGGGAGAGUAAGGAUGAUCUGAGUGUGUACACCAUACCUUAUAGCAGCAAAGACUACGACUAUUUCAAGGAGGAAGAAAUAAUGGAUGAUGUUUAUCCUACCCCAGAAUCAAAUUCGUAUUAUAAUGAUGCGAACAUGUUGGGACAUCCAAAGGGGGUUAGCAUCCCUCCCGCUUCCACCAAAGACAUGAUACACAACUCAUGUGAAGAGUACAGAAAAAAAAAUUUUAACUUAACCGAAUGGAUGAGCGAUAGUACAGAGGCCUCAAACAACUGGAAAGUGAUAUCCCAAUUUGGGAUUAAAAGAAUAAUAUUUAGCAACAACUACAAAUCUGCAUCGGUAAACUCAUCACUUAUUUAUAAAAAGAACUUAUGCAACUCGAUUAUCAUAUCGUCGUACAUUAAACUGGAAAAUGACACAGAAGUGGGACUCCUCUUCAGACAUGACAACAGGGAUAAUAUGUAUACAUUAACAAUUUCAAGUACUAAUAGGGAAGUCAUUUUGAAGAAAAAAAAAAAUAAUAUCGAAUCGGUCAUAAAAAGUGCUUAUGUAAAAAGCAUCAAUUCGUUUCAAAGGCAUCAUUUGCUUGUGCAAGAUACAGGAGAACAGGGCAACCUCAGCGUGUCCAUAGAUGGUGUCAAAUUGUUUUCUCUGCGAGGUGAGAAUUAUUUCAACUCCGGCAGAGUCGGUUUUUUUGUUGCCCACGGUCACGCCGCGUUCGACACGUUCAUAGUUGAGCAGCUCACGGAAGGCGGACACGGAGAAAAGUAG